ACCCAAAAUUAAAUAGCUUCGGUUUUCGAUUCUAGGCUCAUGCCUUCCCUAUCCGGCAAUCCCUAUCCCUUUCCUGUCCUUCCAUUCUAAGUAAUACAUUCUAUACAAGUCGUCGACCGCCGCAAACUAGCUGAAACGAAGAUGGAGCUUGGCUUGGAAACUAUGGCGGCGGCAAUCGGCGUAUCGGUGCCGGUACUUCGGUUCCUUUUGUGUUUCGUGGCGACCAUUCCGGUGAGUUUUCUGUGGCGAUUUGUUCCGCGUACACUACCUAAACACGUCUACUCAGCUUUUUCAGGUGUCGUGCUUUCUUAUUUGUCGUUUGGGAUCUCUUCCAAUCUGCUUUUCUUGGUGCCCAUGCUCUUGGGUUAUGCUGCAAUGCUUCUUUAUCGGCCCAAGUGCGGGAUUAUCACAUUUUUCUUGAGUUUCGGUUAUUUGAUUGGCUGCCAUGUAUAUUACAUGAGUGGGGAUGCAUGGAAGGAAGGAGGCAUUGAUGCCACUGGAGCAUUGAUGGUGUUGACACUGAAAGUGAUUUCAUCUGCAAUAAAUUACAAUGAUGGGUUGUUGAAAGAGGAAGACUUACGCGAGGCUCAGAAGAAAUAUAGGUUGGUUAAGUUGCCUUCAUUGAUUGAAUAUUUUGGGUACUGCCUCUGCUGCGGCAGUCACUUUGCUGGUCCAGUUUUUGAGAUGAAGGACUACCUUGAGUGGACUGAAGGGAAGGGGAUUUGGGCUCCUUCAGAUAAAGGACUAUCACCAUCACCUUAUGGGGCAACUUUCCGAGCACUUGUACAAGCUGGUAUUUCCAUGGCAGUCUAUCUUUAUCUUGUUCCGUAUCAUCCCUUGUCACGGUUCAGUGAACCUGUAUACCAAGAAUGGGGAUUCUGGAGGAAGCUAAGUUUCCAGUAUAUGUCUGGCUUUACAGCACGAUGGAAAUAUUAUUUUAUCUGGUCAAUUUCAGAGGCAUCCAUUAUUAUAUCUGGCCUGGGUUUCAGUGGAUGGACAGAGUCUUCACCACCAAAACCAAAAUGGGAUCGUGCGAAAAAUGUUGACAUCCCAGGGGUUGAGUUAGCAAAGAGUGCAGUGGUGUUACCACUUGUCUGGAACAUACAAGUCAGCACCUGGCUUCGUCACUAUGUUUAUGAGAGACUUAUUACAAAGGGGAAGAAACCUGGUUUUUUCCAGUUGCUGGCCACACAGACUGUCAGUGCUGUUUGGCAUGGACUAUAUCCUGGGUACAUGCUUUUCUUUGUUCAGUCAGCUUUGAUGAUUGCUGGUUCAAGAGUUCUUUAUCGAUGGGAGCAAGCUACAAAUAUGGGUCUUGUGAAGAAAGCACUUGUCUUCAUCAACUUCGCUUACACACUGUUGAUUCUCAACUACUCCGCUGUUGGAUUUCUGGUAUUAAGUUUGCAUGAGUCACUUGCGUUGUAUGGGAGUGUGUAUUAUGUUGGAACCAUUCUUCCAAUAACAUUGAUUCUUCUUGGUUAUAUAAUACCUGCAAAGCCUGCCAGAUCUAAAGCUCGUAAACAACAGUGAGACUAAACCCACAUUUCUUUCCGCAGUGGGAUUUGUAACCUUUGGAAUUUGUCUAGCUUGUUUCAACCUUAUUUUAUCUUCAGAUUUUGGCUUACAAUUUGUAUGAAUCAAUUUCAAUCGUUUUUGGUUUAUCAUCUUUUUCUUUUGUUUAGCAA